AAAUGCAACGACGUAUUAUGCAAAGUUUGUCAUAUAAACGUAUAAAACGCAUACAAAGGUUUUCGCGGCCAUUAUUUUUCGCUGACUCAUUUCAAAAUGUCACUUAAUACCUUAUUAAUCUGUGUUGCCGCUUGCUUAUUACAGAAUGCCAUUUGCCAGACUGUUCUCUCGCUAAACAACUGCGGGUGCCAGCAACAACCCCAAGCCCUCAACCUUGGCAACUUAGGCCUCGCGAUCGGCAACCCUGGCCUCUCGCUUGGCAACUCUGGUGGCCUCUCCCUUGGCAACGCUGGCAAUGGGAUCAACCUUGGAGGCCUCAGUUGCAAUUCUCCGAAUAUGAUGCUGGGCAAUAUGCCAAUUAACAAUUGUAACAAUGUUGUACAGAGCACAAGCCAGCAAUGUGGCUACGGCGAUGUUGCCAUAGUUGGCGAGCUGCCAGUCCAGGGGCCGACGGCUGUGUGUGGCAACGUGCCAGUCAUUGGCUACGUCGUGUUCGAGGGCGAUGUGCCAGCCGGUGGCUUGGUGUCCGUUGUGGAUCCUUGCGGUUGCCCAUGCAGCCAGUAAUAAUGUGCAAUUAAUGUCAUUAUGGAUAUUAUAAUAUUGUCUUUGGCAAGUCACUUCUGUUGUACAUCUUUUUUUUAUGUUUUAAAUAAAUCAUAUGUUGUAUUA